UCUCCCGCUGGCUUGAGGAAGAACGUGGAUCUCGACUCACUUCACUUUCCCCCCCGUCCCCAACACCAGAGGAGCGUGCUAACCAUCGCGCGCAACGUCGAAGCGCCAUCGCCUUCUUCGACCCAUCGAUGCCGGACUCGGCCACCAUCGCCGCCAGUACUGCCGGUCCGAUUCGCAGAAUGCAGCACUCCAGCCUGUACAACCGUGUCGCACGUCCCGUUGUCGCUCCUUUGAGUCUGAUCGAAGACUACGACGAGGCCUACGCCAGUGCUAAUCCUGGAGAGCUGCCGCCUCGUCUCUACGAGCGCGUCACCCGCCGCGAGCGCCAGUUGACCUAUAAACCCGGGCAGAAGAUCACUUUCAUGACUCUGCCGCCUGAGAUUCACCUCAAACUCCCGCGAUCCCUUCGCGUACCCGGCAUCUUCACCGAAGCCAUCUCCUUCUUCUUCGCCAACACGCCCGUCAGCAUGGCCUUCCGAUCGAACUGCUCCCGAGCCUUCUGCGCCGCAACAUGCGCAUUCCAGAGCAAGCGGUGCGAUUCCGCGAGUUGA